GCGGGGCUCGGGACAGGGCCGGGGCGGGACGCGGGACGCGCCGCGCGGCUCCCCCGGCCGCGGCCCGCUCCCUGCCCUUCCCGCGGGCACAGCUGUGGGGCUGGCGGCGGCCGAGGCGCGGAGUGGCGGGACGAGGAGGAAGCAGUGCGGAGCCUAGUUUCGGGGCGGCGGGAGCCGGUGGGGGCCCGGCGAGGAGGGCUGGAGGUGGCGGGGCCCGGCGAGGCCACGAUGAAGCCGAACGGCGAGGACGAGGAGGCGCCCGCCGGGGGCCCCUGGGAGGAGUGCUUCGAGGCGGCUGUGCAGCUGGCGCUGCGGGCGGGACAGAUCAUCAGGAAAGCCCUUUCUGAGGAAAAACGCGUCUCAACAAAAACAUCAGCUGCAGACCUCGUGACAGAAACGGAUCACCUUGUGGAAGGUUUAAUUAUUUCCGAGCUGCAAAAGAGGUUUCCUUCGCACAGGUUCAUUGCUGAAGAGGCUGCAGCCGCCGGGGCCAAGUGUGUGCUCACCCCCAGCCCCACCUGGAUCGUCGACCCCAUUGAUGGCACCUGCAACUUUGUGCACAGAUUUCCCACCGUGGCAGUAAGCAUUGGAUUCGCUGUAAACCAAGAGCUGGAAUUUGGAGUGAUUUACCACUGCACAGAGGAGCGGCUGUACACAGGCCGGAGGGGCCAGGGCGCCUUUUGCAACGGCCAGCGACUCCGGGUCUCCGGGGAGACAGAUAUCUCCAAGGCCUUGGUUCUAACGGAAAUUGGCCCCAAACGUGACCCUGCCACUCUGAAAUUGUUCCUGAGCAACAUGGAGAGGUUACUCCACGCCAAAGCUCAUGGGGUCCGAGUUAUCGGGAGCUCCACCUUGGCACUCUGCCACCUGGCCUCGGGGGCUGCGGAUGCUUAUUACCAGUUUGGCCUGCACUGCUGGGACCUGGCUGCUGCCACCGUAAUCAUCAGAGAAGCAGGUGGCAUCGUGAUGGACACUUCAGGUGGACCUCUCGACCUCAUGUCUUGCAGAGUGGUGGCUGCGGGCACCCGAGAAAUGGCGACGCUCAUAGCUCAGGCCUUACAAACGAUUAACUAUGGGCGGGAUGAUGAGAAGUGAAAGGGAGCAGAGGGGCAGAGAAAUGUGGCCCGAGGACUGGGCCCUCCUGCGAAUGCUGAGGCUGGCGGUGAGCCCUGGGACAAAGCUGCCUCCAGCAGCCUGCACACAUCAAGUGUCUCUGACCACCCCCAAGAGGAGGUGUUUUGCUAAAGUAUGUGGCUUUCUGGUUAAAUCCACGUCUUUCACCGGGAUUCGGUGUUUAGCUGGUGUCUCUCUUUAAUCUCACAUAGCCUUUAUCAGGUUAGUACACAUUCUUCUAUCAGGGCCAAAAUCCAAAUCUCGUGUGACAUACGCAUUGAAAAUUGAGUCUUGAUUUUUUUUCCUCCAGAAUGCAAAUCUCAGGUAAUAAGGCUUUAGAACUGCUGAUGAAGCGGACUUGUUCUCAGGCCCUCCCCCAUGGUACUUCAGAAUGCAAUAAAUCAAAAUAAUGGCG